ACGAGAACUUGAACCGGUUGGUUGUCAUUAGAGUUGAACGAAUCAAGAAAAACGCCGACAAUUUGUUUUUUUAAAGAAUAAUUUUAGUAAAGCGCAAAAUUUAAAAAAGAAAAAACCAUCGAAAAAAUUAACUUAAAUGAUUAGUUGGCAAUUUUUUUUUGCUGUUUUAUUGUUUUUCUAAAAUUCGUAUUAUUAAAAAAUAUAUUCGAAAAUAAAACGUGUCAUGAAAUUUUGCUUUGUUAAAAAAAAACAAAAAGUGGUGGUUAACUGGAAUAAUUUGAAAGCCACGAAUUUUAUGCUCUCCGGUAUUUUUGGGGUUGUUUAACUAACCAAAUCGACAAAACAACAACAGUGUGUUUUACCUAAUUGUUCUGAAACUUAAGUUAAAAGCUGCCUUACGCCUAUAUUGAAUAAAUAACGCAAAAAGUUUGAACGAUAACAAAAAUUCAAGUGAUACCCCAAAUGCCCAUAUUUUUCCAGGAACAUAACCCACAUUUCAACUAAAUUUGCCACAACAGAUUUAGCACAUUUUUUGCUAUAUCUCUAAAAACUUAUCUUUACAACUACAUUCACAGAAAAAUAACAGCAACAAAAUAAAAAAAAAAACAAAAAGAAAGACAACAAAAUGCUUUUGUCCCCCGCUAUAACAAUCACCACGAGCACCACCGCCCCAUAAGAAUGCCGCAAAACUCCACCACAUGAUACACUACGCUACUCUACCUUUUUGUUUAAACGAAAGUAAACUACAACCAACCGUUAUCAGUUCGUAGCGCUUUGUGUAUGCCGUUUGCUCAGCGAAAGACCGACAAAUUUCUAUAUAGAACACGAACAUUUAAACAGCAAUCAUCAAGGUGAGCAUGAAAAAUCUAAAAAAAUCGUAUGAUCUCAGAAAUGCUGUCGCACUUUUAAAAAGACAUCAUCUAUUCGAUUGUGGACAAGCCUCAGAUAGAGAUUUCAUCGUCAUUCUCGUGGUUUCAUAGAUUUUACUGUUGUAAGCUCACUCACUCGAAUUUCGGAGUCUGAUUGCUAGCUACCCAUGCCUGCCACACAGCCAUUACCAUUGGUAUUACCCAGUGCUACCUAUUGCUGUUACCUCGCUGCUGACUUGCUGCUGUAAAUAUCAUCAUCGUUGUCCAUGAUUCGUAAAAAUGGUGAUGGCAUAGAUGAUGAUUAUGAUGUUGCCGCUGUGAUGUGAUGAGAGCUGUUGUUGUUGUCGUUGUCUGUUGUCGAGAUGAAAACAACCGCCGCUAAUAAUUGUAAUGAUUGGUAAUGGAAUAACGGCAUAUUAAAAGAAAUUAAGAGGAAACAAUACUAAAUUUCUCUGUCAUAUAAAACUACUGACAAUCAAAGGAUUAUUCCAGAAUAUUCAAUGCAAGCCAAUAUCGCUGCCCGCUACCGCAAUUUUUCUUCGAUUCUCCCUUCUCAAACCCAACUAUCGCCCCUCAACUGCAACUUUAGAUCUGUAGCCAGCAACAGCAGCCGCCGGACGACAUGUCAGAACCACUUAGUAAUGAUGUUAGCACCGAAUCCUUAUGUACAGUCAUAGAAACCAGUAGCAACGAAUAUCUAUCGAAUAAAUUUAAAGAUCCCAUAAAAAGCACCUCACUAGAAUCGCUCGACACAAAUCGCAUAUCGCCGCAGAAUAAUCUCAAACAAAAUGGUUGUCACGUCCUACGUGGUUCUCUAGACGAAAGCUGUGAUACAGAUACAACAGAAAAGUCCCUUAACAACGCCACAACCGAAGAGGAGGGCGAAUGUGAAAAGAAGCCCAAAUCAAAAUUGAAAAAAUCCGUCUCGUUCGAUCCGAAUGAUGAAAAGAUACGAAAAUUCAUAACAGGCGAACCCAUAGUAGAUCAACAGAAUCCCUUCAAGAGUAAUGGUUAUUUAGCAAACGGCACCAUCGCCGGAGCAGGAAGUGCCAAGAGAAAGGACAAGAAAACGCCACCACCGGUGCCGGCCAAACGCUCAACGCUCAGUGUGCGAAAAACCGUUACCCAACAGUUGAGGGAACGUGAAAGGGAAAAGGAGAAGGAAAGGGAGCGCCUCAAGAACGAGGCGAAUAAUCGCAAAAGCAAUGGCAGCAUUAUUAAAUCACCGUCCGAUGAGUUUGUCUCCACAGAAGAUGUGCUAAAGCAGUCAAAAUACGUAAAGACCUACAUCAAGAAUCCAGAUCCCUAUUUUGUCUAUGAUCCAACAGUAUUAGCUCGUUUGAAAUUCGAAGAGCUACGAGAACUAGCUUUAAAAAAGCCACCAAAGAGGAUAGUACCACAGCAACAGCAGCCACCGCAGCCCCAGCCAAGGGAACGUCUGAAGGAUUUGAAAAAUCGCCAAAACGAAAAUAAGCCCACAAAGCCGUCAACGCUGACAUUCAAAAAAUGUUCCAAGCCCAACUAUCCAGAACUAUCGGAUUUGAAAAUUAAAACCGGCACAGAUUUGGAGGAUAGCCUUUACAACCCCUUGGAAGUUACCAAGAAUGCCAAGAAAUUCGAUGAGAGAGUUAAAAAAUUGCAUAUAUCCUCCGAUGAUGACCUGGACGAAAUUGAAGAGCCUUUAACUAAAAGUGAGUCAAGUGAUGAUAAUAACAUGAAUGCUGGAAAUCGCCAAUCAGACGACAAAAUGCCCCCAAAUGAAGAAAAUGGUAGUGUGAGUAGGGAACCUUCACCCCCGCCUCCCGGAACAUUUACCAACACCAUCAAAUCGAAAGAAUUUCAAGAAUAUUUGGAGAAAAAGGGACUCACCUUGAUACCCAAGAAAAUACCCAACGGCGCCCAACCGCUGUAUGGCAACAAGCCGCAGCAAUCCACACCCCUAAAACAAAUUAGCUUUAAAGCCGAACCCGAGCGCAUACAAUUUUCCUCCAAUGGCACCGAUUCGGUGGACACUGGCGGAAAUAAUCGCAAACCUUCAGUAUUUCAGAGACUAUUGGCCAAUAGUAUAUUUGCUUCGCGUCGAAAAACGACACCCAAAGAACCGGUUCCUAUAAUCAAGCCUCUUUAUGAAGCAAGCAAUGAGAAUGGUUCCUUAAAGCCCAUUAAACGUGUUGUACUGGAGCGUCAGAGUUUCCAUGGAAGACCCAAGGCGGGAAAUUUGCUGAGUCCAGCCGAAGCCCUGGAACUAAAGCAGCAAUUGGAGAGGUCCCGCAAAAGUUACGCCAGUGGUGACGAUGUGCCGCUAUCGAUCUCAAGUUCUUUGACCAAUGCCGAAAAUCCCGACUUAAAUGAUUCACAGAAUUUUGCAAAUAUUAAACCAGCCGGAACACCUGGCUUAAGAAGGAAAGAGUUGCAAGCAAAAACUAUAGCCAAGCCACCACGGCGUACCUUAUCAAGAGAUCGCAUAACUAAGUACGAACCACCAAAGAUGGUGCUUAGCGAGCGUCCCACAAAUGUCAACAACAAUUUGUACACUUUGGCCCGCGAACAGCCUGCAAAGAAUGAUGCGAAUUUUAGGCGAACCCUGGAUCGGCAAAGCAUGAUACCGAAACGAACCACCCAACAAGCGGAUAAACAGCAAGUUUUCGGCAGAUCCUCGUCCAUGGAUCGAAAUGAGAUUUUGAAGAGAAAUAUUAACCGCAACCAGCAACAAAGAUCAAAUAGUGUGACGGGAGAAGCCCUGUUGGCUCCCAUCACCACCAAAUCUCGAGAGAAUGUACAAGAAACCACAUUUCCGGUAAAUGAUGGCCCGCCUAUAACAUCCACACCCAUUAGGCAGUCUCAUACGGUCAAUGGUCUCAGCACAAAAACAAUUUCUCCCAUAUCCUCCAUUCCCAAGAAGGCGUCACAGCUGGGAGUUUAUGUGGACCAGCAGGAGUGGGAAAAACUGAGAGCUAUAAAGGAGCAAACUGACAAAGAACUAUACCAUAGGGUUAUGCAGCAACAACAGAAACUGCAACAGCAACAACAACAACAACAACAGCAGCAAAAGUCCCAACAAGAAGAGCAAAAAACCCCCACGUCUCCUCCACAUGCUUCUCAACAACAACAGCAAAGUUCUAAUUCAGAACAGAAACUGGAAAAUAUUUAUGAACAUUUGCCAGGAGGCAGCCAAGUGCGCUUGGCUCCAGGCGAAUCCAGCACCUUCACUAGAGGCUCACCACAACGCAAUACCUUUUCCGGCAUUAUACGUUCCAAUAAUCGGCAAGUAAAAAUAAUCGAUGGCAAACCAGUGGUGGCCCCAGAAACCAUGCAAUCGUCUUCUAAGCUUAUCAAUGGUCCCGUACCACGCUCUCAAAGUGUUUUGGAUAAUGUGACACGCCGAGGAGGCUAUGAAAGUGAAACUCCGGAGACCCCGGUGGUUUUACGUCGCAAAGCUGAGGGAGACAAUUCGCAACAGCAGCAACAACAACCUACCCGACGUAUUGGAGGUCUUCUGACACGCGAAGAAAUUUUGCAGAAAAUUAAAGAAUUCUGCCGCAAGUCGAUCAAUAAGACUCCAACCAAUCAAGCCCCCGUCCCAUUGCAAGCCAUUUACGAGAAGCAGCCAACUGGAACAGAUCUCUCGCCCGUCUCGUACGUUUCGGUGGAGACCCAUCAAAGGCCUGCAUCACGUAUGUAUGCAGCUCCUCAAGUACCACAGCGCAUGCACAGCCUACCGGCAGCCGCAACUGCUACAGGUCACUUUGUGCCCAUAGCCCAAGAAAUAGUUACCGAUCCCAAUACGAACUCACCAAUUUAUGCCCAUGUCGUUAAGAGAGGCAGUCUGCAAUCGAAUCAAUCGGAAUUAUAUGAAAUUCCCCAAAGGACUUUGGUGGCCGCUCCGCCACCUACCCAAUAUUUCAUACGAAGAGAGGCGGCUCCAACAGAAUUGAAACCUGUCUACAUACGCCAAGGUACAUUGCAACGACCCGAAAGUGCCUUUUCGCCAGCCCCAACCCAGUACAUACUGGUGGAUGGAGAAAAACUACAACCUGCACAACUUAUAGCAGCCUACCCACAAACUGAGCUGUAUGCCCAACCACAAUACAUUCGGCCACAUCAGCUCCAGUCGAUGCCGGGAGCUAGUUAUGGUUAUAUUACAGUAAGAGAGCCCCUUAUCCAUCAAGGCCAGCCCCAACAUCCACAGAUGAUACGACCCCGUUUGCACGACGGCCGUAGUACUCCAUUGAUACUUGAUCGCUCAAGUCAACAAGUGAGUCAAAUCUAUUGGACCCCACAGCACCAGAGACUACAACAGCAGGCGGGACUAUUAACCGAUCAGAUUAGUCCACGUUACGCACUUAAGCAGUCUUAUGUGAUGCCUGGUCCACAACAGCAGCAGCUAUUACAAAAUCGUGCUACACCCCUUAUACUACAGCAUCCGCAACUUUCGCCCCACAUACAAAACAUUCCAGCACAACGCCAAUAUUCUCCUUCGCCUCUCAUUAGGGAACCAACUCCCACUCAAACGAUGCACCAGAUACAACAGACGAAACCACAACAGCCACAAAUUCAGGAGUUAACCUUGGCCAAUGCUCGACAAAGUCCAGCAUUCGAUUGGGAAAGUGGCUCUGAGGCCGGUGAGGUUCAGCGAAUUAUGGAGAAGCAACAACAGCACGACCAAAAAACCGAUCUAAAUUAUUUACAUUUGGAUUUGCCUAAAGCCCAUCAGUUGCAGAUAACACAAAAUGGAUAAAUCUUUAAAGAAGGAGCUGGAGAAUAGUAAAGAACCCUCAAAAGAACCAAAAGCAACCAUCCACAGCACCACUAGCAGCACACCCACCACUACCA